UCUGCCCGUCUCUCUCUCCUCUACCAAGUACCAAGUACGCCUUUCCCUUUUGCCGCCUGGCUUUCUCUCUCUAUAUCGCUCGCACCCUUUUCUCUGUUUUCUCUCUCUAGGUUUUUUGUUUCUCUCUCUCUAGAUCGAUUCUGCGGAAGGCGGCUUCGAAAUCUAUGGAUCUGGGUUCGAAGAGGAGUACUAGAAUUGAUUGUUGAAUUAGUUUUUUGUUUUUGGGUUGUUUGUGGUCGGGGUUUUUAGAUUUGUCGAUGAGGGGGAGAUGGUGAAGGAGGGGUUUUCGGGUGGAUCUAGGGUUUCGAGGAAUGGGAAUUGGUGAAUUUUAGGGUUUCGAGGGUGGAAUUGAGGCGGGAUUGAUGGUUGUCGUUGGGGAAGAAGGUGGGAUCGGAGCGGGAACUGGCAAAAAUGCAAGGCUAUGCAUGGGCGGGAAGGUGAGGACAGGAAACGGAGUCGGCACAUGUGGUCGGUCCCUACUCGUGGCACCGCGUCUGUAGCUGAUGAUUCUUCGACAUCUACAGCUAAUUCUUUCUUAAAGGAUGGUCGCAACAUUAGUGUUGGUGACUGUGCUCUUUUCAAACCGUCCCAGGAUUCCCCACCUUUCAUUGGAAUAAUCCGUUGGUUAACAUCAAGUAAGAAUAAUAUAAGGUUAGGUGUGAAUUGGCUUUAUCGACCUUCUGAAGUAAAGCUUGGCAAAGGCAUCCUGCUGGAAGCUGCGCCAAACGAAGUUUUCUAUACCUUUCAUAAGGAUGAGAUUCCUGCUGCAUCAUUACUCCAUCCGUGUAAAGUCGCAUUCCUUCCUAAAGGUGAUGAACUUCCUUCGGGAAUAUCCUCGUUUGUGUGCAGGCGGGUUUUUGACGUUGCAAACAAGUGUUUAUGGUGGUUAACUGAUCAAGAUUAUAUUAAUGAGCGACAGGAAGAAGUAGAUAAGUUAUUAUAUAAAACGCGAAUAGAAAUGCAUGCAACAGUGCAGCCAGGUGGUCGUUCUCCAAAACCAAUGAGUGGUCCAACAUCAACAUCGCAAAUAAAACCUGGUUCUGAUAGUAGUACUCAAAACUGUGCCACUUCCUUGCCUUCCCAAGUUAAGGGAAAGAAAAGGGAGCGAGGAGAUCAGGGCUCUGAGCCCAUUAAACGUGAGCGCCCUUCAAAAACUGAUGAUGGGGAUUCUGGUCACUCUAGACCAGAGAGCGUUUGGAAAUCUGAGAUUGCUAAAAUUACAGAAAGGGGAGGGCUUGUUGAUUCAGAAGGGGUUGAGAGACUUGUGCAACUCAUGCAGCCUGAGAGAGCUGAGAAGAAAAUAGACUUGAUUGGCCGUUCAAUUCUUGCAGGUGUUAUAGCUGCCACAGAGAAGUAUGAUUGCCUUGGUCGAUUUGUCCAGCUCAGGGGCUUGCCUGUAUUGGAUGAAUGGCUCCAAGAGGCACAUAAAGGAAAGAUUGGUGAUGGUAGUAGCCCCAAGGACAGUGAUAAAUCUGUUGAGGAAUUCCUAUUGGUUUUACUUCGUGCACUCGAUAAGCUGCCUGUGAAUCUUCAAGCCCUUCAAAUGUGUAACAUUGGCAAAUCUGUUAAUCAUUUACGUAGUCAUAAAAACUUAGAAAUUCAGAAAAAAGCAAGGAGUUUAGUUGAUACAUGGAAGAAACGUGUUGAGGCAGAAAUGAAUAUUAAUGAUGCGAAGUCUGGUUCAAGUCAGGCUGUUGCAUGGUCUUCGAGGCCACGUCUUUCUGAAGUUUCUCAUGGUGGGAACAGACACUCUGGAGGCUCCUCUGAGAUUGCCAUGAAGAGCUCAGUCACACAGCUUUCUUCAUCUAAAACAGCUCCAGUUAAGCUUGUACAGGGGGAAAUUGCCAAGUCUGGGUCUGCAUCCCAGGGAUUUACAAAAUCAGCAACAUCACCUGCAUCAGUGAGUACUAGCUUAAAGGAUGGUCAAACCCGCGUUGCUGGUGCUGGUAAUGCCUCUGAUCCUCCUCUAACGACAGUAAGGGAUGAGAAAAGCAGCAGUUCUAGUCAAUCUCAUAACAAUAGUCAGUCUUGUUCGAGUGACCAUGCCAAAACUGUGGGUUUCUCAGGGAAGGAAGAUGCUAGGAGCUCGACAGCUAUGUCAAUGAGUGUGAGCAAGACCUCUGGUGGUGCUUCACGGCAUCGGAAAUCAGUCAAUGGCUAUCCAGGGCCUGCUGUGUCUGGAGUGCAAAGGGAAACCGGUUCAAGUAGAAGUUCUUCCUUUCAAAGAAAUCCUGCCUCAGAAAAAGUAUCACAGUCUGGAUUGACAUGCGAUAAGGCUUUUGAUGUCCCCACUGUUGAGGGAAACAGUCACAAACUGAUUGUCAAGAUCCCCAAUCGAGGCCGCAGUCCUGCACAAAGUGCGAGUGGUGGAUCUUUUGAAGAUCCUUCCAUGGUGAACAGUCAGGCGUCUUCUCCCGUGCUUUCAGGGAAGCAUGAUCAAUCUGACCGUAAUCUGAAGGAAAAGAGUGAUGUUUAUCGAGCUAAUAAUACUUCGGAUGUGAAUACUGAGUCAUGGCAAAGCAAUGAUUUCAAAGAUGCAAUGACUGGGUCUGAUGAAGGUGAUGGAUCACCUGCUACUCUUCCUGAUGAAGAGCGCUCCAGGACUGGUGAUGACACUAGGAAAAUCAAAACUGCCUCGUCAUCAUCAGGAAUUGAACCCAAGUCAGGGAAAUUGGUUGAGGCUUCUUUCACCUCCAUGAAUGCUUUAAUUGAAAGUUGUGUCAAGUGUGAGGCUAAUGCAUCUGUUUCAGUUGUUGAUGAUGUCGGAAUGAAUCUGCUUGCUAGUGUGGCUGCCGGAGAAAUGGCCAAACGAGAGUCAGUUUCACCUGCUGAUUCUCCACUAAGAAAUACUGCUGUUAUUGAAGAUUCUUCUGCAGGCAAUGAUGCGAAAUCAAAACCAACAGGAGAUGACAUCUUGAGAGAACAAAGUCAGUCUAACUACGGUCCCACCGGUGAUACUGAGAAGCAGGGUUUUUGGGCUAAGGAUGGAUUGCAUCAUUUACCUAAACAUGCAUUGACUAACAGAGAGAACAAUGAACAUAUUAAUUCUACCAGUAUUGAUUUAGUAAGAACUUCAGAGCUGUGUUCAGAAAUCAACAGAAAAUCAGAUGAAACAGUGGUUGGUGCUUCUGUGACUGCAUCCCCUGUGAGCACAACAGAAAAAGGCAGUGAUGAUGAACAAGGGAAACAACUUCAUGAGAAGAAGGCAGCUGUUGAUGGAGUAAAUGUUGAUGGUAUUCCAGAUACUAAACCAAAGGUGAGCAGUUCUUCAUUGGCUGAAGAUAAAGUCAAUGAUGUCCUUCCCUGUGUAGAAUUGAAGGAAGAACAGUCAUCAUAUGCAUCAUUAGAACCUGAUGGUGAAAAGAAUAAUGUUAAUGAAGGUUUGAAUACAGAGCAAAAGCCACCAGCUUCCAUGAUACCUUCGGACUUUGUGAAAGGAACUGAAAAGGAAGUGCCACUUCCUUCUGGUUCAGGUAAAGAUUUGGUCCCAGAAAAUGUUGAUCAAAUGAAGGCUGAAAAGGCUGAUGAAAUUUGUGUCUCAAAUCAUGCUAAUCAGAUGGAAGAACAGAGAAUUGAGCCAAAAAAUCAUGCUUCAACUGCUGCUGAGGAUCGAGUUGUGGCUGGUUUGUAUUCAGUAGCAACUGAUCACAAGAGGGAACUUAUGGAAGAGAAUUUAGGAAAUAAAGAGGUUCUUGAGAACUGUUCUAGUGGGCAAGCUCCUUACAAACAAUCACCCACAUUUCCUGUGUUAGAAGUGGAACAGCUUGUAAGGCCUAGAGGAUCCAAGUUGCCAGGUGAUGAAGCGGAUGAAACAGAGGAAUGUGCUUCCACCACUGCAGAUGCUUCUUCCUUUUCAGCUACAGGGGGAUCAGAUGUGGAUGGAAAACUGGAAUUUGAUUUGAAUGAAGGUUUUAAUGCAGAUGAUGGGAAAUUUGGGGAACCAGUAAAUGUAGGUACACCUGGAUGUUCAGCCGCUGUUCAUUUAAUUAGCCCAUUGCCUUUUCCUGUUUCAUCAAUGUCCAGUGGGCUUCCAGCUUCAAUUACAGUGACUGCUGCUGCUAAAGGGCCUUUUGUUCCUCCUGAUGAUCUAUUAAGGAGUAAAGGGGAACUUGGGUGGAAAGGAUCCGCUGCUACUAGUGCUUUCCGACCAGCUGAACCAAGAAAGACACUUGAGAUGCCAUUGAAUGCACUGAAUGUUCCAUCUGACGCUACCAGUGGUAAACAAAAUCGUCCUUUGUUGGAUUUUGACCUGAAUAUGCCCGAUGAAAGAAUUCUCGAGGACAUGACUUCUCGAAGCUCUGCUCAGGAGACAAGCUCUACAUGUGAUCUUGUUAGUAGUCGUGAUUUGGCACAUGACAGACCUAUGGGUUCUGCACCCAUUCGUUGCUCUGGGGGCCUUGAUCUUGAUCUGAACCAAAGUGAUGAAGUGACUGAUAUGGGGCAGCACUCAGCAAGCAACUCUCAUAGAUUGGUGGUCCCCCUUCUGCCAGUUAAAUCUUCUUCAUCUGUUGGAUUUCCUAAUGGUGAGGUGGUUGUCCGAAGAGACUUUGAUUUGAACAAUGGACCUGUUCUUGAUGAGGUAAGUGCUGAACCAUCAUCUUUUAGCCAACAUGCCCGAAGCAGCAUGGCAUCCCAGCCACCUGUUGCUUGCCUUAGAAUGAACAAUACAGACAUAGGGAACUUCUCAUCUUGGUUUCCUCCGGCAAACAAUUAUUCAGCUGUCACAAUUCCAUCCAUCAUGCCUGAUAGGGAACAACCAUUUCCAAUUGUUGCAACUAAUGGGCCACAAAGGAUAAUGGGUCUUUCGACUGGUGGAACCCCAUUUAAUCCUGAUGUCUACAGGGGCCCUGUAUUGUCAUCUUCUCCUGCAGUUCCCUUCCCCUCAACCCCAUUUCAAUAUCCAGUAUUCCCUUUUGGGACCAAUUUUCCCCUGCCACCAGCUACUUUUUCAGGCAGUUCAACUUCUUUUACAGAUUCCUCAUCUGCUGGGAGGCUUUGCUUCCCUGCUGUAAAUUCCCAGUUAAUUGGACCAGCUGGUACAGUUCCGUCACAUUACCCCAGGCCUUAUGUGGUGAACCUUUCAGAUGGCAGCAACAGUGGUGGUCUUGAGAGCAAUAGGAGAUGGGGAAGGCAGGGCCUAGACCUCAAUGCAGGCCCUGGAGGUCCAGAAAUUGAUGGGAGAGAGGAGUCCGUGGUUUCCCUUGCAUCAAGGCAACUCUCUGUUGCCAGUUCACAGGCCCUAGCAGGGGAGCAAGCAAGGAUGUACCAUGCGGCUGGUGGUGUUUUGAAGAGGAAGGAGCCUGAGGGAGGAUGGGAUACAGAAAGGUUUAGUUACAAGCAAUCCUCAUGGCAGUAAGAAUCUGCUAUGGCACAGUUGGCUGACCAUGGAGGCUUGAUGGGAAGUGGAUAACCCCCCCGGAAGUCAUCAUCUAACUGGUUUGCUCUCAGAGGAUGGGUGGUAAGUGAGUUAUUUGAUGUGUUCAUAGUCUCCGACCCCCACCUUUUCUGGUUGUAUCAGUUGUAUUAAAGGCUUUCUCUCCGGGGCCUGCUGGCUGUUUGUUCUUAAAUGUAUUCUGGGUGGAUGCAGAUCAGUUUCCCCUUUUGUAGAUAUUUAACUGUUAAAGCAUGCUCUGUGUUGCCCAGACAUACAAAAUUGGUUCCGUACUGAUGCUUAGUGCAUCUGCCCUUUAUCAUGGACCCAACUCCAUCCCCUCGUCCCUCCAUUCUGGCAAGGGAGGUUGGUUGUGAACUGCUUUGAGUGGAAGCCCUUUUGUAUCUGCUUUGUUAAUUUAUCUUUCUUCGCCUCUCUCUUAUGCUCAUCUCUCUUUCAUUUGUUUUUUUCUUCCCAACAUAUACAAGUGUUAGGAUUUUUUUUUUGUUUAAAUUUAAUUUAUCUGGCAUGAUUUAGUUGCUGUGGUUGAUGUAUUUUGAACUUUCUUUAAAACCCAACUAUUUGUCUCAUUUGCUACUGUUUAAUUUUCUGCCCCAACUCUGAUAAUCUUAGAUUAUAUAGAUCACAUUUGUAAA